AUGUCUCCUCAUCAACUUCGUCCGGCGCUUCCAGGUUGCGCCGGCCCUGACUCUAUCCCCACCGAGAUAUUUUUUGCCAUCAUUGAGGCCUUCCUCGCAGAUGCGAAAGCUUCUUCGCGGGCCAUUGAGUGGCGGUUAGAGUACGCAGAAGACGCUCCGUCGAACUUCCGGCUCGCUCUCACUGGCGACGUGGGUUACCCUGGACCGCUCAGCAUCCAUCGAUUCCGAAACAUCUCUAUUCCUUUACAGAUCAACAAGAAAUGCAGAGAGCUCACUAGUAGGGUCUUCAUACCGAUUCCCUCGCUGCAUUUUUAUCUUGAGAGAACGGGCCCUGACAUCUUCGUCCUACCUUACGUUGAUCUAUUCCGGGUACCCAAAGUGGAAAGUUAUUACUUUAGAAGCCUCCUCGAUUCAUUGAUAUAUCUCCCGACUUUUGAGGCCCACGCUUUCAUGCAACAAAUUCGACGAUUUCAUAUCCUGGAAUUCAAAAUGGCUAUUCUCGAAGUUGUUGAGAAUCUGCUGCAACUGAAAGAAGUCAUCUUCAAUGGGAAAAGCCUCAUUGACACCAUCGAGAUGAGUGAUACCAAAUGCCUUCUCGGUAUGAUUCCUAUGGAUGCCGACAAUUUUCCCGAAUGGAGCGACCAUCAUCUCCCCGAAAAGACCAAGUUUGGGUCAUUUUGGAAUCCGUUCGGCCGUCGAAGCGUACGAGUAUACGGAAAAGUACCAGAUAGUCGACUCUCUACCUUUGAGGUUUACAAUACUUCGGAUGACCCUGAUGCGGAAAGUCCAAGUAUCAAGUUCCUAAAUCCAGAAUGCACAUGCUCACAAUGCUUGUCGGCAACAAAAGACGAAAAAGAGAGCGAAACCCGCCCCGUUGGCCCGGCUUCAUUGCCUUCUAGGAUAUAUAUGGCCAUCAUCGAUAUCCUCAUAUCAGAAGCUGUGCAGUCCGCAUGUCCAAUCUUCUGGGAACGGACUUAUUUGAUUAAAAGCCUCAUCGCCCUAGACGCCAGGGACUACGGAAGAAUGUCUCACGAAAUUCGAAAGAGAUUCGCAAGUCUCAGACUUCCCUCGCAGAUCAACAGAACGGGUCAAAAAAUGGUUCGUCAAAGGUUAAUCCGAGCGGAAAUAUCACGGGGUGAAGAGCCCCCCUACGGAUGGGCGUUGCCUGAAAUCGACGCUUUUUCCAUGGAAGACGAAUACUUUGAAGCAAAUCUGGAGGGCAUUCGACUCCUACAGAAAGUGCAAAACAUCAUCCUUCCCACCAGUCCGGACCCUGGUAGUAGAUACUUCCAGAAUCAGCCAGUCAAUUUCUGUACUGCUCUGUCGUUGCUACCCAAUCUUAGGAAAGUAGUCUGUCACCUCGAACCAUGGAGAUAUUAUUGGAGUCGCCGUUCACCAUCGGCUCUACCAAGCCCUCGCCCGAGCGAGCCGGUAGAGAUUGACGACAGAAUAGAUCUCGACUUGCAACUCUUAACAUCAAAAUUUGAUGGCAUGUCUAAUUGGGAAUUUCUCGAGAAUAAGAAAGUUCGAUUGUACGUCACGGAUGGCGAGGGUGGUGCAGAGAUCAUUCAGACGACCGAAGGCUUCAAAAUGAAAUACUUGACUCCAGAUGAGACCAAAGAUUGUAAAUUCUUGUCAGGUUGGAUGAUACUGUGA